AUCCUUACGGAAUUUGCCCUUGCUGCCUGUCACUGAAAUUUGUUCGCGUUCUCGGUCUACAUUUCUUUGUCGGAAUCUGAAUCAGUCUAGCUUCCGUGCAUUAUCCGGCCUCCGGACAAAACCAGUGCUGAAAUUGACAUAUAUAUGCUUUUAUCUGGAUUGACUCUGAUAACGUUCUCAGCUUUUAAAGGCCUGAAGCUGGUGGACCAUAGCUGGUGUUGUCUUCAACUCAAAUGAGCAGAUCGGGUGGACAAAAAGAAAACCAUGCAAGUAGUUCUGACCCACUGCGAGAUAGCAUGGAUGAAAGUACUGCUGCUAGAACGAGGCCUUUGAGCUAUGAGGAGAUUAUGAAAAGAAGGAUAAAUAAGGAGUUGUCUCAGAAUAUGAAAGAAGAAGCUAGAGGGGUGGAGAUUAUUCCGAGGAAUGACACCAUUCAGGAUUCUUCUGCUCGUCUUGGAUCUCUUAGAGUGGGUAGAGAAACUAAAAGGCUUUCUUCAGUUAUAGAGCGGCCUGUUUUAGAGGACAAUAUGAGAGGAAGCGCUAGGGAAGAAAAACCUUUACGGGGCAUUAAUGGUGGAACUGGUCAUGGUUUGAAGGAACUUCGCUAUAAAGAAGAGCAUGCUUCCAUGAAGGAAAGUUCACAUGUGACAGGAAAUAUGAAAAACCGUGAGUCUAGAGCUGGAUUACGGACUAAUUUAAUGAAUGAAUCAUGGAGUAGAGAUAAUAGAGGUGAAACUCAUAGCAGGAUCAAGAAUGAUGACUGGCAUGGAGGUGAUACAGAAGACAGACGUCUAAGGAGGGAAAUAAGGAAUACAGGUUAUAGAGAUGAAACUGAGCAGAAACUCAAUACUAGGGCCAAGAAUGAUGAACGGCCUAGGAAUUCUCGAGAAGAGAGGGGCCAGAGAAAUGAACCGGGGAAUACAGGUAACAGAGGUGAACCUGACAAGAAAAUUAAUAGUAGAAGUAAGAACAGUGAACGGCCUAGGCAUAACCACAGGGGGCCAGGCAAUGAACAGAGUGAAACUGACAAGAGAAUUAAUAAAAGGAGCAAAGAUGAUGAACGGCCUAGAAAUGAUUCUGAUGAUAGAGCUAGAAAGGCAUAUUCUAGAGAUUCAAUGGUUAAUGACAGAUAUACUGACAGGAAUGAGGGAAAAUUGGAUAAAGAAAACAAGAAGAAAUAUCAGAAUGCCAAUGAUAGGGACAUCAGAGACAAAUAUGCUAUAAAGAAACCUGAUCUUGGGAGACCACGUGACUCUGAAGUUGCAGAGAAGAAGGGGCAAAAACAACAACUGUCAGGAUCUCGUCAUGAGGAAACCAAGAUGAAGAGGAAAAGGUCAAGGAGUCAGGAUCGAGGGAAGGAUAGGGUGAGGAGGUCACUUUCUCUUUCACCUCACAAAGGUGUGUCUUCUAAUGGAAGGAAACCUGGAGAUUCAACCUCGCAUUCUCAUAAGGAUAGGCCUGCAAAGCAACAUCAUAAGGAUAUCGAGAGGAGAAAGUUUGCAAGUAAUGGUUUGGGCAGUCACUACCGUGGACAUGGUGGAUUGACUAGUGGGCUGGGUGGAUAUUCACCAAGAAAAAGGAAAACCGAGAAUGCUAUUAAGACUCCUUCCCCAACAAAUCGAUCGCCGGAGAGGAAAAAUGCUGGGUGGGAUAUUCCACCCACGGGGGUCAAAGACUCUUCAUCUGGUUCAGUUGCGGAUGGCCCUCAGCUACCAAACCACCAAGCUGUGUCAUUGAAUGUACACGAGUUAGUGAGUGCUGUUACUGCUGCUUUAAAUGCAUCAAAACCUCUUCCAGGGGCUUCCAGUUUCCUUCCUGCAAAAACUAAUGCCUCCAUUGAUUCUAUUCAACUAACUGAAUCUACACGGCCUAUGAGACGGCUCUACAUAGAGAAUGUACCAGCUUCAGCCUCGGAGAAAGAUGUGAUGGAAUUUCUCAAUAAUCAUUUGCUGUCUUCAGGUGUUAAUUAUAUUCAGGGGAAGCAACCGUGUAUUAGCUGUAUCAUUCAUAAGGAGAAGUGCCAAGCUCUAGUUGAGUUUCUUACUCCUGAGGAUGCUUCAGCAGCUCUCUCAUUUGAUGGAUCUUCCUUCUCUGGUUGUAUGCUAAAGAUCAGACGGCCCAAAGAUUUUGUUGAAGUGGUUACUGGUGAUAUUGUUGAGGCAGCCAAAUCAGCACCUAUAGUUCCCUUGAGCAAUAUUGUAAAGGACUCGCCUCAUAAGGUCUUUAUUGGUGGAAUAUCUGAGGUUCUUUCUGCUGAAAUGAGAUCUGAAUUCUUCAUGUUGCUUCAGCUCAUAGAGAUUGCUAGUGCAUUUGGACCACUGAAGGCAUUCUACUUUGAUGCCAAGCAGGACACUUUGAAUCGAUAUGCUUUUCUUGAGUACGCAGAUCUAUCUGUAACUCCUAAAGCAUGUGUGGGAUUAAAUGGCAUGAAAUUGGGGGGCCAAGUACUAACUGUAGUUCAAGCUCUUCCUGAUAAGUCAUCCUCGGAGAUUUCUGAAAAGCAACCAACUUAUGUGAUACCUGACCAUGCGAAGCCUCUUCUGCAGAAGCCUACACAAGUAAUAAAGCUAAAAAAUGUGUUCACUCCCGAGGACUUGUUGUCGCUUUCCAAGUUGGAAAUCGGAGAAGUUUUGGAAGAUUUACGGUUAGAGUGUGCCAGGUUUGGCACUGUUAAAUCUUUGAAUGUUGUCGAGCGGGAGGCUUUUCCUGUUAAUAAUGUGGAGGAUGCUCGUGGAGUUCACAAUGCUGAGAAAUCUGUUGAAACUGCAGGGCAUGGUGGCAAAAUAUUCUUAGAAACUUCUGAAAAAGUCACUGACACAGAAAAUGCAGAAAUCAAGGAAGUGGAGGUUGAAAGGGACGUGGGUGACAGAGAGGAAAGUGAUGGAGCUUUGGAAACUGAAAGCAUCAGUCAUGAGGAAAACACAAAUGAUGUUAAUAGAAAUGAGGAUGAUUCAUCAGAGCAGCUUGACAUUAAAAUGGAUCCGAAGAAUCCUCCUGAUUUGCCUUCCCCAGGGAGCCUUGACCGACCAAGCCUUUUGGCUGAUCAUGUUGAAUGUCCAGAGGGCAGGGGAAAUUUGACAAGUCAGAUAGAGGAAGGCAAGUCGAGCUCGGGAGAAGCAAUGGAGGGUCUUUCAGCUGCUCAGGAUGGAGAAAGUGAGGAACUGGAUUUUGAGCUAUGGCGUACUUUUGAGCUAGGUUCUGUUUUCGUGGAGUAUAAAAGGACGGAGGGCUCCUGCAUCGCUGCACAUGCUUUGCACGGGAGAAUAUUCGAUGAGCGGGUUGUGAUGGUGGAAUAUGUCCCUCUUGAGCACUACCUAGCAAAGUUUCCAGGAUAAUAUGACCAGGCUCAUGAUGCUGGUAAAAGGCACGUUCUUUUGCUCGAGAACUGCAACUGAGCUGGGGCGUUCUACCUCAUGGCAGGUGUUGAACGUUCCUGCGGUAUCUUGAAGCCCUCGGCUUUAGGGCAAAAGGUUGUCGUAUUGUUAGCUAGCUUGUGUACCCUACUAAGAGAGAUAUUUCGACUGAUAGUGGGAACUGUGGGUGAGUGUCGUCCUUGCUAUCUCGGUCGUCCUUGCAGACUUGGUGGGAACAGAGAAUUUUUAAUUGAAAUAUGUUACCGAGGGGGAACGCUGUAGAAUCCAUUCUCAAUUAGCCAUGCCUUUGUGAAAAUGUUUGUUGAGACAAUACUAGGCUAGUAUUUCAUGAUACAAAUUCUUUGCACUGGAAUGCCUUUCCUUUGUCUAGAAUCCUUGUUUACAUUGAUUGCACAGGGACACUAGCAUCGCGGCAGGCAUGAUGUACACGAAUUGAUUCAAGAUUUGAAUCUUGAUACUAACUACUAUAGUUAGACAUUAUCCUUUAUCUAUGUCAGGUUGGAUUGGACAGCGGUUUGAGUUUA